GUUUAAUGACCAUCUAAAGUGCUAAAAACUGAAUUGUUGAUUUCAAAAUCUCUUCAGCAGCGAUGUGAAACUGACACAUGUGCUACUUAUCUCUGAACAGCUGAUGCCACAAAAAAAUUCCCACAUUACAUUAACAGUCUCGAUGCAAUCGGUGCCGCUUGUUCGUUAAAGUUUUGGUAUCAGGCAGGUGCUAAUCUUUAUAUCACUUUUUAGUUCGUUUGAUUGACUAAAUAUGUUAUUUCAACUUUUAACCAAAAUGUUAAUUGUUUUUGGACAUUCAGUGAUGAAGGCCGAGAUAUGGGGCCAAUGUAGGCUAUUAUUUACAACAGUAUAGAAAUAGCCCUGGUUGUAGGCAAAGAAAUGCUCAAGACUGGAAGAUUAUUUCGUUUGUAUUUUCGUUUGAACUGAUGGCAUCUUAACUUAACGUCAUAGCCUACUAUCUGCGGAUGGCCUCUGUUUGAACAUGUUUGACUUUUGACUCUCUUUGACUUUUGACAUGCAGUUUGCCUAUACAGUGCAUCAUUUCAGUCUUUCGCUACUGUUUUGCUUUUUCCAGAUGUUUGCCUCGUUGCUGAGUCGACAGUGAUCUGCAUCUAUCUUGAAAAACACAUACAUGUACUAUGCCGAGAUCCUUCUUGGUGAAGUGUAAACGGGCCCACAGCCACCACCGAUCUCGGAAUGCGGAGCAGGACCGCCAUGCCUUAUUAUCUGGUUUUCGCGCAGGUUCAAUAAAUAUCGAAGAACGGCAUAUGACGGAAGAAUAUAUGGAAACUCAUCCCAGGCCCCACACAGCUCAUUACUCCGAGUCUCUUCCCUGUUGCGAAAAUAAUCUUUGUGCUCGUUCUUGGAACCACGAGACAUGUACAAAUAUGUCUCCAUCUUCUUUCCCAGGUAGGCCUAUAACAAAGAGUUAUUGCCUUGAUGUUGGGCCUUGCACUUACGCGUGAUUUAUGACGUGAUGUGUUGGCUUUCAUAAUCUACAUGUCUUCAACAGAUCCGGGUAAAUGUCCGCUAAUAUUUAAGCGUGAACUUGAUUCUACUGAGAUGACUUCCCCUACUUCCAUGUGGACUUAUUCCGGAUCGAAUCUUAGAAAUUUCUCUCCACACGCAGGCUCACAUUACCUCGCUCCUUUUGGAGCGCAACACGAAGUUUCUACGGCCUUUUUGGGGCCAUGGACAGCGCCGCAAAGGCCUCGCGUUUUGAUGAGGCCAGAACUUUAUCAGGGUUUUAUCAGGGUUCUUAUGCCACAACCAAUGAGCCCUGUAAGAUGGACUGGGAGCUUUUCAUGAAGACAUCCACAUUUUCCCAGCAGGAAUCUCACACAGGUGCAUGUGGAUUGCAAUCAAAGAGCUCAUUCAUGUGCAUAAACUGCAAAAAGGUUUUUUCCACACCUCAUGGCUUAGAGGUUCACGUUCGUCGAUCACACAAUGGCACCAGACCCUUCGGAUGUGGAAUUUGUGGCAAGACUUUUGGUCAUGCAGUCAGCUUGGAACAACACAAACCCCUCCACUCAUUAGAAAGAAGCUUCACUUGUACAAUUUGUGGCAAAAGCUUUAAAAGGUCGUCUACGCUGUCUACACACCUGCUGAUCCACUCAGAUACACGUCCGUAUUCUUGCCAGUACUGCGGGAAGAGAUUCCAUCAGAAAUCAGAUAUGAAGAAGCACACCUUCAUCCAUACUGGGGAGAAGCCGCACAAGUGCCAGGUUUGUGGGAAGGAGUUCAGUCAGAGUUCCAACCUCAUCACGCACAGUCGGAAGCACACAGGCUUCAAACCGUUCGGAUGUGACCUCUGCACUAAAGGCUUCCAGCGGAAGGUGGAUUUGAAGAAGCACACCGACACCCACCAUCGCCAAAAAUGAAGACCAAACCCAUGAUUUAGGACAGGCAGCCAGCAAAGCGCACUGCACACGGAGACUGCCAGUAGAGUGGAAUAGGCCUGGCCUGAACUAUCAGACUUUAAAUGGAACCUGAGCACAGACCCAAACCUUCAUUCGUAUGGUCAGAGGGGCCGUUGGCGCUGAUU